AUGACUUCAGCGAUGCAGCUGACCAUCACCAUCCCGGAUAAUGCUGCACCGGGAUCGGUGCUGUCGAUCCCGGUGAAAGGUCGAGCAGAGAACGUGAAGGCUCGGGUGCCCGAGGGGAUGGGGCCCGGCGACACCCUGGUUCUGACCCAAAUAGCCGGCACAGAUGAGUGGGUUGAAGAGUCUGUGCUGAAACAGGAGGAGCAGGCUGCUGCCAACGCAGUGUUCGGUGAUGAGGCGCAGCCCGCACCGUCGUCCUUGGUUCCUCCUGGCAUUGUCCUUCCAGAGGAGGCCGAUCUCGAACCCCUUGUGCCCAGUGGGCCCGUGGCGCAUACCGUGCGCUUGGAAACCACUGUCGGCGUCAUUGACAUCAUCGUGCGCCCCGAUUGGGCACCUUAUGGGGCACGCCGGUUUCUGCAGCUGGUGUAUUGCCGCGAACUCGACGGCCUCGCCUUCUACAGGUCUGUGAAAGGCUGCCUGGCGCAGUUCGGGCUCCCCGCACGAAGGCUCUGGCCACCUUUGCCCGACGACCCACCAACGGGCGUCCCCUUCCUUCUGGGCGCCGUGUGCUUUGCCCGGGACCCGGAAAACUCCGGGCUCUUCGUAGUUUAUGGAAGCUCCAAGGCUUGCGCAAAGGGGCCCUACAGGGACAAUGCGUAUACUGCUUAUAGGGUUUAG